AUGACCACAAACACCAACACCCUCAUCUCUUUCCCGAUUCAACUAUUCCAUCCAUCGCCUAAUAGCAUCGUCCUCACGCGAUGCCGCACCACCGCCACUAACAAACCCAGAACACCAAGCGUCUUCAAACUGGAAACAAUCACUCCGGAAAGCGGCCUCUUCAAUCCAGCCCCAACAGGCCAACAUUUCUUCUACGGCACCCUCCACAACUCGACCCUACUCACGAGCAUCCUCGACCUGACCGAGGACCCAGUCCUUCGUCCUGCAUAUCUGGACGGCUACAAGACCAAGCUCUGGGGUUCAUACCCAACCCUCUUACCAAAGGAGCCGCGUGUCACGGGGCAGGGAUCUGUCUACGGAGUGAUGAGUGUUGAACAUGUGGAGCGUCUUGCUACCUAUGAGACCAACAGCUAUGCUACCAUGGCUUGUGAGCUUCGCUUUGAGGAGAACGGGGACUCUGUUUAUGACGAGGGAGUUUUGUUUUUUUUUUUUUUUUUUUUGUGUUUGUGGUGA